CCCGGCGGAGAGCGGGACACGGGGACACGGCGACACGGGGACACGGGGACACACGGCCUGGCCCGGCCCGGCCCGGCGCCAUGGAGCACGGCCAGCAGCAGCAGCAGGCUCAGGAGCCGUGGUUCUGGCUGGCAGCAGAGCUGGGGAGCAGCUGCUCCUGGGACACCCAGCUGGGCCUGAGCUGUGCCAGGAGGGAGCUGUCCGAGCUGCCCACGCUGGAGGAAGGGCUGCUGCCCUCAGCAGAAGCUUCUGGAGCUCCAGGCCCUGCCUCACCCCUGGAUGUCCAGGAGAGCAGAUUCUCCCCCUGCCUGCCCCUGCUGCUGAGCCCAGCCCUGGCUGAGACGUUCCUGCAGGGAUCCCAGAUGGAUUUCCUUCCCCUGAGGGGAAUCCCGGAUGUUUCUGGAGCAUCCCUGGAGCAUUCAGAGCCUGCCCACGUGCAUGGCAGUGCCUCCCCGAGGGGCCCAGCCAUUCCCAGUGCAUCCCAGCACUCCCAGCCCGUGGGACAGGCGGAUCCUGGAGCUGCUGCCCUGUCUGGGGAGCCCCUGGGCAGUGUGGGGGGCACUGGGGACAGGGCCAGUGGCACCCAGCAGGAGGCACCAGGCCCCCGGGGCAGGGGGGAUCCAGCACCCCCAGCUCCAGAGGAGGGGCUGGGGAAGGGGCUGGAGCAGCCCUGGAGCACAGCUGGGAAGGAUGGACACUCCUCUGGCCACUCCUGUGGUCACUCCUCCCAGGACAGUGGUGGCCCAGCUGCUGGCUCUGAGCUGCCAGAGGGGAACAAGGAGUCCCCAGGGCAGGAGGAACCCUCCUCCUCCUCCUCCUCCUCCUCCUCCUCCUCCUCGGGAAACUCCUCCUAUACAACUGCACUGACCAAAUUCUCAGAGAAAAGUGAAAGGGGGAUGCAGCAGGAAAAGGUGAAAGCGGCUGGGAGUGCACCAGGAGCCCUGGAGAAGCUGGAAAAAGGAAAGAAGGUGCCUGAGCUUGGUUUGCCAAAUAAUUUCUGUGAUGUCCUGAGGAGAGGCCGUGCUACAGACUCGGGUGCUCGAGGUGUUCUUUGUGCAGCAGCUUCGGAGGCAGGCAGAGGAGCGCUGGAGGAACGUGGGGUGCGGCUCGGGGGCUCCCGGGGGCUCGGGGGGCUCCUCUGUGCCCCUCGGGAGCUGCACGCAGCUCUCCUGGCCCAGCAGCAGCCAGCAGGGAGGCUGGGCACAGAGGGGCUGGUCCCUGCUGUGCCACCCAGCCAGCCCCAGGACGCUGCCCCGUGCCCUGGGCACUGCCCGGGGCGGGCAGAGCCUGCGGGGAGCAGGGCUGAGCUGACUGCCUCCGACUGCUCCAUAGAGAGGGGACACAAAGCCACAGAGAUCUCCCCUUCCUUCAGCCUGGGAGGUGAGGGCUCCUUCUCCCUGCACCUGGCUCAUCCCAACUUCCAGUCCACUCCGGGGGUGUUCCUCAAGAACGCUGCGAAGGCAGAAGGACGUGCUGGAGUCCUGGCGAUCCCCUCGGACCUCCAGGCCUCUCCUUCCUGCUGCAACAAAGAAGCCCCGGGGGAGUCCCCUGCCCCUGGGGAGCAGCACCCUCCCCAGAGAGCUGUGGAAGAAACCUGUGCACGUCUGGAGUGCUUGCAGCUGGAAUCCCCCUGCCCUGGCAGGAUCCGGUCCUUCCCCUCGCUGGGCUUCCUGGAGAAGGUGGGAGCCUGGAGCGUGGGCCAGCCACAGCAGGGUCCUGAUGCCACCAGCUCACCUGUCCCAGGUGGAUUCCCUCCUGCCAGGAAAGCCUCCAGUGCCCCUCCCAGGGCUCCGAGCUGCGUUCUGUCAGCCCAGAACUGUGCUGCUCCUGCCUGCAGGGGCACAGGAUCUCUGGGGAGUUUGCAUUUCCCCCGCCCAGAGCUGCUGCUCGCCCCUGCUCUGAGCAGAUCCCAGUCUGACAACGCCGUGAGCGUUUGCAGCAGGAGCAGAGCCCUGGCUGGAGGGACCCCAGGGCAGGGCAGUCCUGCUCUGGGGGGCUCUGGCAGCUCCACACAACAGCUGGCUCCUGGAUCCCGUGCUGGAGAUGUGCAGGGCGCCGCGCGACGAAGCUCAGCCCCAGAUGUGUUUGUGUCCAGUGUUGCUCAGCUCCUUAAAAAGGAUGGGAGCCCCCCAGCUGAUGAGCACCAGGACUGUGAGGACGAGGGAAAUCAGUCCCUCAACCUCAGUAUUCCCAGUGGCGAGGAUAUCCUGGACAGCUUUGGAGCCGUUUCCUUGGAGAGUUUGAGUUUUCCUGUUGGUCCUGGGGAGCCUCAGGGGGCCCUGGUGGUGCCCAGGCCCUGCCCCAGUGCAGGAGGGAACAGCCCCAUCCCUCCUGGAGCAGCACUGGAGACUCCCAAGAAAGAAGAGCUGAAUAUUGAGGAAAGGAUCCCGGUGUACCUGCGGAACCUGGGCAUCGAGCAGUCCCCUGGCACCAUCCUGGCACCCUUCGUGCCCCGGGGGCCCCUGCGGGAGCUGGAGUUCUCCCCCUGGCAGCUCAGGAGCCUGCAGCCCCCCCUGGACGCGCUGGCCAGGGUCCCCCCCCAGGUUCAGGGUGCCUUGCUGCCAGCCUUUGAGAUGUCCCAGGCGAGCUGUGGCUCGGGCGUGUCCCCGCUGAGCGUGUCCCCGGCCGUGGGCUCCCGGGCUGGCUCGGAGCAGGAGCUGAGUCCCAGCUCCCCCAGGCUCUCUGGGGAGCACCCAGCCAGCCCGGGCGCCGUGCCAGGCCCCCGGCUGGAGGUGGCAGUCCCAGGUGGCCCGGCCCGGGGUGCAGAGGGGUCCCCUGGACCCGCUGGGGCAGAGCGGGACGUGCCCGGCUGCCCCCCGGGCGGGGGUCCCCGGGCUGGGGGGAGAAGGGCUGACCCCGAGUCCAGGAGCUCGGGCAGCAGCGGGCAGGGAUGGGCUGUGGGGGCUUUGUCCGGGGCUGGGAGUGACAUGGAAUUGGACAGAGCAUCCCAGAGCUCCGGUGUGGGAAGGGAGAGCAGCCAGGGGCAGGGAGGGCAUGCCCUGGUGGCACCUGGGGCGCUGCGGGAGCUCCGGGAGCUGCUGGCACAGGCAGAGGGUCUCACUGCCAGCUGGAGCCGUCCUGCUUGGCCCACAGCCUCCUGCAGAGAGCCUGGGGAGUCUCCCCCCAGGCUGGGUGGGAGCGAGGGGGAUCCCAAGGAUGCUGGGGUAGGCCAGGAGCGGAUCCCUGAGCUGCAGAAGAGCCUGUCGUGGGAUGAGGCCCUGACCCAGAGGGGUGAGCAGGGACAGGGGCUGGGGAUGCAUCCUCUGCAUCCUGCCAGCUGCCAGCUGGCACGGGGACAUCCUCUGGCUGUCAGUUCCCAGCACAGGGAGGGGCUGAGGGGAACGGCCCCGGAGCCAGGGACGGGGAAAUCCACGGGGAGGUCAGAGCCAGAAGGGUGCAGCGGUGUGACCCCGGGCAGGAAGCAGGCUGUCCCCGUGGGGCUGGCACAGAGCAGUGCCAGCAGCCUCCUGAGCGCUGGCACCGCUGCGGAGCUGGGCCGUCCUCCUCCCCUGCAGCCCCUGGGCAGCUCCCAGGGCUCCCUGUCCCAGCCUGCCAGGGCAGCAGGGACGUGGGGCAGCGAGGACAGCAGCAGUGGGGAUUCCCUCAGCGCCCGUGUCAGGAGCCUGCUGGGGAGGCCUGGGCGCUCCUGGCAGCUGGGCAGUGCCCCAGGGGUGUUCCAGAGCAGCCUGCCCGGGGCUGGCAGUGCCCCAGGGAUGUUCCAGAGCAGCCUGCCCGGGGCUGGCAGUGCCCCAGGGAUGUUCCAGAGCAGCCUGCCCGGGGCUGGCAGUGCCCCAGGGGGGUUCCAGAGCAGCCUGCCCGGGGCUGGCAGUGCCCCAGGGGGGUUCCAGAGCAGCCUGCCCGGGGCUGGCAGUGCCCCAGGGGGUUUCCAGAGCAGCCUGCCCGGGGCUGGCAGUGCCCCAGGGGGGUUCCAGAGCAGCCUGCCCGGGGCUGGCAGUGCCCCAGGGAUGUUCCAGAGCAGCCUGCCCGGGGCUGGCAGUGCCAGGAGCCGGCCGGGCAGCGGCAGCAGCAGCGGGGACUCCCUGGCAGCCCGUGUCCGCAGCCUCCUGGGCACUGCCUCCCCUGGGCUCCGUGCCAGCCACCUCCUGAGGAGUGCCGAGGAGCACGAGAGCAAGAUCCGAGCCUGGGUGAAGCUGAAACUGGCCAGCCAGUCCCAGGAGUGUGGGCCACACUGGGAUGAAGAGACGCAGCUGAGGAUGGAGGGAAUCGAGGCAGAGCUGCUCCCAAAGACCAGGAAACCUGCACAAGCCGAGGAUCCCUGGCUCUGUGGGUUGGAAGCAGCUUCUGAGUAUCUGAGGAAGCAGGAGCAGGACCUGGAGCGUGUCCAGGCUGCCAGGUGUCCCAGGGACAGGCAGGGACAGCCCUCCAGGACUCAUGGACAGCCCUCCAGGACUCAUGGACAGCCCUCCAGGACUCGGGAGCUCCUCCAGCCCAGCUCCCCACCUGCAGCACCAUUGCCUAGAGCUGAUCCCUGGGACUGCUCCCUGCUGCAGGAUGUGCAGCUGAAACCUUGGGGUGCUGCUGACCUUCAGGAUGUGCAGCUGAAACCCUCCAAUGCUGCUGAGCUCCAGGACGUGCAGCUGAAACCUUGGAGUGCUUCUGACCUGCAGGACAUGCAGCUGAAACCUUGGGGUGCUGCUGAGCUCCAGGACAUGCAGCUGAAACCUUGGGGUGCUGCUGACCUUCAGGAUGUGCAGCUGGAACCCUCCAAUGCUGCUGACCUGCAGGACGUGCAGCUGAAGCCCUGCAGUGCUGCUGAGCUCCAGGACAUGCAGCUGAAGCCCUGCAGUGCUGCUGAGCUCCAGGACGUGCAGCUGAAGCCCUGCAGUGCUGCUGAGCUGCAGCUGAACCAUCAGCCCCCGGCCGUGGGGCACCCCAGGGCCAUGGCAGAGCUCCGUGCCCCUCUGGCACGGGCUCCCAGUGCAGGGGGCUCUGCAGCUGCCCCCCGUGCCCACGGGGAGCUGUCCCUGCCAGCCCUGGGGCUGGGGCAGGCCUGGGGGGAGCCGGGCAAGCCGAGCUCCUCCGUCAGCCUCUGCUCCCAGAGCCUGGCCAGGGCUGGCCCGGGGGGGAUCCUGCCUGGGGAGGAGAGGCUGGGCACCGAGCCCUGGGCCAGAGCUGCCACACAGGGCUGUCCCCCCGGCCCCAUGCCGGCUGCCUUUGGUGCUGCUGCUGCUGCUGAGGUUCCUGCUGCCCCUGCAGCUCCUCAGGAAUCAGCCCAGCAGCCUGGGAGCACCCACGCUGGGGAAAGACAGAGCCCGAGUGCAGAGCAGCCCCCGUUUGUGCCUGCCACCGUGCCCGAGGGGGACACACAGAGUGCCAGAGCUGGGGGGCUCAGCCAGGAGACACGGGCAUCCAUUGAGCCCCCCCCUCUGAGCCCCUCCCAGCAGGAGCAGGUCCCACCUGGCCACACCCAGCUCCCCGAGAGCUCGGAGGGCCCAGGGCCAGCUGCACGCAGGGCUGUGCCCAAGGGCCCUGGUGAGGUGCUGGCAGAGGGGAGGAACAGCCCUGAUGAGCCACCUCUCGUGCCAGAAGAGGCUGUGAGGGAGCAGCUGGGUCCUGCUCACCCUUUCUCUGCAGAUGAGGCUUUAUCCAGCACGCCUGGGGCUCCCUCGUCACCAGUGAGGAGAUUCCUGAGCUGUGUGCACAUCACCCUCUCCUCCAGGGUCGGGAGUGCUGGCAGCAGGAUCCAGCUGUGGGACAAACCUCACGGGAAGGCUCAGGCAGUGACUUUAAAAGCAGCUCCAGAGGUUUCAGUGGAAGGCGUUCCUAAAUUCCCUCCUGCUGAGGGUGUUCCAGAGGAUCCCAGCUCAGCUGAGCCAGUGGCCCCAGCAGAUGCCAGCCGGGUGCUGUCCCCCAGGCAGGAGCUGCUGCUGCAGGGCAGGGCCAGGGCCCAGCUCCGGGGCUCGGGGGCUCGGGGUGCUCAGGGCAUCCCCAGCUCUGCCCCUGCUGCAAAAGCCGGCACAAGGACUGCUGAUGCUGCCACCCAGAUCAGCACGGAAGGGCCUGCCAAAGCCACGCUCUCGGCAGAAAUGCGUGUUGGUCCCCAGGAGGGGGGAAGCCCUGCCCAGCAGCCAUUGCUCCCCAGCACCCCUGGAGCUCCUGGGAUUACAGCUCCAUCCCACAAGGAGAUUCCCCCCUUCCCAAGGCAGCCAGCCCAGCCCCUGCUGCUGCCCUACAAACCCUCGGGAAGCUCUGGCAUGUAUUAUGUGCCCUUCCAGAAACCAGGAGCCACCGUGUCCCCAGGGGAGCCCGAGGCCAGCACAGCCAGCUCCCACUCAGGCUCAGAGGAGGCUCCUGCAGGGAUCCUGGCGCCAGUGCGGGCUGUGGGGGAUGAUCCCCCUGCAGCCAGGGCAGCUGCCCAGCACACAGGGACAAUCCAUGCUCACAGGCCUAAGCUGGCCUGGCCUGAGGAGCACAGGACGCCACUGGAACGGUCUUCAGAGCUCCCCGACGGCUCCGGGCCUGCAGAGCCCUCCCGUGGUGUCCGUGCGCCCGCCCGGCUGCCCCUGCCCGCCGGGGAGAGCUGCCAGCAUCGCAGGGAGCCCCGCCGGGACAGGGCUGGGCACGCUGCCCCCUGCCCGGGGGCUGCCCCCCGGCGCCAGCGGGGUCCCCGUGCCCCCCAGGGGACGGCGGGGCAGUUCUUCGCCCUCGCCGCAGAGCCCGACGAGAACAGGAGCGAGGAGCCGGGUGCCGGGGCGUGCUUUGGGAACGGGCUGGCCGGCAGCGCCGCUGGGCCCCGUGCAAGGACAGCUGGCCUGGAUGAGAGCGUGGGGAAGGCGCCACGGCACAGGGGCCGUGCCAGGGGCGGCCUGGACGAGCUGUGGCUGAGGUUCCUGCAGCGCCAGGGCGGGCAGCAGCAGCGGCUCGGCGGCAGCGGCGAGCUGUCCCUGGUGCAGCGCCUGGAUCGGCUGGCCAGGCUCCUGCAGAACCCCCUCCGGCACGCCCUGGCAGCCGGGGAGAAGGCUCCUGAGGAGGAGACGCCGGGAAGGGAGCAGCCGGGAGCUGGGCUGGCAGCAAGAGCCGGGGCUGGGCGCAGCGCGGAGCCCAGGCGAGCGCGAGUGGCGCAGAGGCCGCGUGCGAGCCGGGGGCAGCUGAGGGCAGCCGGGCCGGGCCGCAGGGUGACCCAGCACCCGAGCGGGGCUCCGGAGGAGCAGCAGGACCUGGCAAUCCCGAGUGACAGCUCCUUGGAGUCCGGGCUGAGCGGAGAGCCCAGCGGCUGCAGCAGCUCGGCGUGGGACACGGGGAGCCCGGCGGGGCUGGACACGUCCCCUGCCUCCGGGGACAGCAGCUCCCUGUCCCUGUCCACCAUCGACACGGCCAGGCUGCUCCGGGCCUUCGGGCAGCACAGGCUGGGGCUGGCCCCGGACACCGACAGCCCGAGCCCGGCCCCGAGGCUGUCCCCGAGGCUGUCCCCGAGGCUGGCCCAGCUCUACCGUGCCAUCAGCCAGCAGAAGAGCCGCUCCCAGAAGUGGCAUGAGGAGAGCAGAGCAGCAGGGGCUGCGGGAUGUCCCCAGGAGGCUGCCCAGAGCCUCGGGAAGGGCCAGAGCACCAUCCCCUUUUCCUCGGAUUCCACCUGUGCCAGCAGCAGUUCCUGGGGGCCCAGCUCUGCCCUCUGCAGCAAGCGACGGGCACGGAUGCUGAACAAAGGGAUCCAGGCAGGAGACCUGGAGAUCGUCAGCAGUGCCACCAGGAAGAACACCCGGGAUGUUGGGGUGACCUUCCCCACGCCCAGGAGCAGCCAGCAGCUGCGGGAGCCCCCGGGGCCGGGCCAGGCCAGGCAGCAGCCCUGGGCACAGCCGGGCAGGCUCCUGACGGACACACGGACCAAGAGGAGCAGGCUGCGCUUCCAGCAAGGGACUCCGUGGCUCGUCCCAGCAGAGGACUUGGAAUGUGAAUGGAGGAAAGAAAACCAGUGCAGUGCCAGUCCUGGCCCUGGGCCAGCCUGGUUUGAGCCCUGGAGCAGCACAAAGCCUUGGAGAGAGCCCCUGCGGGAGAAGAACUGGGAGGAGCAGCCCAGCCCGGGCCAGGGAGCGGGGGCUGGCAGGGGGCUGGGGCAGCCCCUGGGCAAGCUCACGCUGCAGGAGGCCCUGGCCCUGCACCGCCCCGAUUUCAUCUCGCGCUCGGGGCAGCGCCUGCGGCACCUGCGGCUGCUCCGCGAGGAGAGGAGGCUCCACAAGGCCCAGAGGGACAAACUGCUGCCAGCCCAGAGGGACAAACUGCUGCCAGCCCAGGGGGACAAACUGCUGCCAGCCCAGGGGGACAAACUGCUGCCACCCCAACAGCUGCUGCAACCUGCAGGGAGCAGAAAGGACUGCAGGACUGCAAAUCACCUGCUGCCCAACCGAGGUUUCCUGAUGAAAGAAAAAAGAAGAGCAAUUCCCAAGCAUGAAAUGUUUCAAAGAUCUAAAAGGAUGUACGAGCAGCUCCCCGAGGUGAGGAGGAAGAGGGAGGAGGAGCAGAGGAGGCUGGAGUACAGCUCCAACCGCCUGAGGGCUCAGCUCUACAAAACUAAGAUCACCAGCCGUGUCCUGGGGAAGAAGGUGUCCUGGAGCUGACGGGAGGAGCUGAGCCAGGCUGGGCUGAGCACACACAGCAGCACGUGCUGGCACAGGGAAGGGCAGGGAAGGCUUCUGCAGCCCCUCUCUGUGCUCCUCUGUACUGCUUGAUCCUGCCCUACGUAAGAACAAUGACCUGGGGGAGUGUCAGGGUUUUAAAUAAAUAGCUGGGCUUUUAUAGUGGUGUUAGGCACUUGCAGAGGAAACAGAGUCUGGAAAAACUUGGUUCAUAAUAUAUUUAUAACUCCCUGAUUGGGAUAGAAGUUUUAUAUAUUUAUUUUCAAUGGGUUUUAACAAGGAUUUUUUAAAAUCUUUUUAAUUCCUGUCUCAGUGUAGAAAAUUCACUUGUUGUGUUUUGUACUUCAAUAAAACAGCUGAGUUGUAA